AUGGAAAAGACCAACAAAACCUACGACUUCAUAGUCGUCGGCGCCGGCCCGGCAGGAUGCACCAUCGCUGCUCGCCUGGCCGAUAGCAACGCUCAACCCUCCGUGCUUCUCGUCGAGGCAGGAGCCGACGAUGGGACCGAUAUAACCAGACGCAUGUCGUCUAAUCGCUUUUUGCAGCGCUUAGACAAAUCGCAGACCUGGGGUUACGAGAGCGAACCUACAGAGAGCCUAGGCGACCGUGGCAUCACGCUCGACCGAGGCAAAGGUCUUGGCGGAAGCUCUGCAGUCAACUUCAGCUGCUGGACGCGAGGGCCCAAAGACGACAUGGAUGAGAUGGUUCGCCUGACAGGAGACAGCAGCUGGGAGUGGGAGAGAACGGUCAAACGCUUUCGUAGCAUCGAGUCGUUUCAUGCCAGGCUGGAAGAGCUGCCCAAGGGCGCUGAGAAUUAUAUCAAGUCGACCCAGGACACGACUUAUGGAACGAACGGUCCGCUCCAUAUUUCGUUCCCUCCUGAAUGGGACCCCGAGGUUACUGAUAUGAUAGACAUAUGGAAGGAGAACGGGUACGCGCUGAACAAAGACCUCUCGGACGGAAGCAUGCUGGGUCUUUUGGUCACCCCUUCAACUGAGUACAGAGGCGUGCGGGUCACUGCGGCAGAUGUCCUCUUCCCAAGACCCUCAAAUCUGGACAUCAUGACAGAGGCCCCCGUGCACUGUGUGCUUUUCGACGAGGAAAAGAGGGCCGUUGGCGUCCAGCUCAUCGACGGUCGGCAGUUGCUCGCAUCGAAAGAGGUAAUCAUCUCCGCAGGAGCGAUGGACUCACCCAAAAUACUCAUGCACAGCGGCAUCGGGCCGGGGGAUCAGCUCACCAAGUUUAAGAUUCCGCUCUUGCAUAGCCUACCAGGUGUUGGGGCAAACUACGCCGACCACUACCAUGCCACCUUUGUGUGGAAACGUAAGGACCACACCUCACUCAGGCCGGAUUUCUACUCUGACCCCAAGAGGAUCGAAAAAGCCAAGCGCGACUGGGAGCUGUACCGCACCGGCGAGUACGUGACUCUGGGCACGCAGCUGGGCAUGGGCUUUUUCAAGAACGAUGCAACACUCAGGAGCGCCGAGUUCCAGCAGCUGCCGGAGAAGGAGAGACGACGGAUGCAGAAGCCGACGAUCCCGACGUACGAGCUCGUCUGGAACGUGACGGCGCCCAUGUACUACGAGACGACAAAGAAGCUGCCAGCGCUGUCGGUGGUACUGCUGAUCCUGCUCAACAGCCAGGGCCGCGGCGCCUUCACGCUGCAGAGUGCGGAUCCGGCCAUGCCGCUCAGGUUCGCGCCCGACUUUUUGCGAGCGCCGUACGAUAGGCGCGCGGCUAUCGAGACCACCCGGGAGCUGCUCAAAGUGGCGGGCAGCGAGGCGUUCCAGAGGGACAACGUCGAGGCCGUGUUUGCGCCUGCCAGCGACUCCGAAGAGGACAUCUUGGCCUUCUGGCGGGACACCAUCUCGAGCACUUGGCACAUGUGCGGAACUGUCGUGAUGGCGACCAAGGCGGAUGGUGAAGGUGAAGGUGAUGGAGGUGAUCUGAGCUGUGUCGAUACCGAUUUCCGUGUGCAUGGUGUGAAAGGACUGCGGGUCGCUGAUAUGAGCAUCAUGCCAAUCCUGCCGAGUGCACAUACACAAACAACGGCAUACCAGAUUGGCAUGAUUGCGGCCGAGAAGCUCAUUGAGGAGCAUGGCCUGUCCGUGCGACCGACAUUCAAGAUGUUCCGCACAUUUAAACCCCGCGACACGGUGACGCUCUUCCACAAGGCGAGCAGCCCGACCUCGAUGAGGGUCUUGACGCUGCUCAAGCAGACCGCAGCCAGCGCCAGUGAGACGGCGACCGAGGACCAGGCCGGCGACCACACGGCACACAACGAGACGCAGCGCUCGCGCCCCGAGUUCGAGCUCAACGUGACCGAGGACCUGCCCACCGAGGGCCAGCUGCAGACCAUCCUGGAAUACGUUGACCAGCCUGCCAUUCCGGAGCUCGUCAAGGGCGCCAACUCCGUGACUGAGGCGCUCAAAAAGUACAAGUUCGACAAGGAGAGCUUCCAGAGGCCUGUGGUUGUGGACUGGAACAACGGAAGGGCCGCGAUUGGAGGGAACGAGUCGCAGAUCCUAAAGAUGCUGAACGAGCUCAAGAAGGAUUAG